AUGUUUGGCAAACAAGCGAUGGCAACCCACGUGGCGGAACGGAAUCUGAUACUGGAGCGUCUCCGUGACCUGCACGAAUCCCUAGCGUCCCGGCCUCCAGAGAACGAAUUCACAGAGAAUCCAGUAGCACUAAAGACGCAGCUGAUGCCUCACCAGUUGCAUGCACUCGCCUGGCUGCGUUGGAGGGAGACGCAGUUGGUGGAAUACUAG